UAGCUCUCUCUGAAAACAUGUCUGAUACGUCAUCCGUUGGUAUUAAUUAAAUUAUGAUAGCUUCAAUAGUUUCCGGAUACACGACUGAGCAAGAUCAGUUUUCAUAGAUAAUAAAUAUACAAAGAGUAUAUAAUCAGUACUGGUGUGAAUACGAAAAACAUAUCAAUGUUUGGCAAGGAGAUGUCAAUGAGACAAACGUCAGUCGUUCAGCAGCAUAACCUCAAUUUUUUGAAUUUUAGAUAUUACAGACUUUUUAUAUUUGUUGUGUUGAUUUCGUUGCUCGGCUACACAUUUAGUUCGAAUAACAACAGCAAUGUUACUAACAAAAGCAUAUGUUUAUUAUAUCGACAUUUCAUUCUAAAACGAUUCAUGGCCAUGUUUUCGUUGUGGUUAUUAAUAAAAUCGUGGCUACAUUCCCUUUUUAAAUGGUUUUUACGUACAACUACAAAGCUUUGUGAACUUCAAAGAAUAUGCUAUGGUCACAUGCGUGGUGCUGGAAGAUUUAUAAAUACUGAACGGUCUUUAAAUGCUUCGAAAAGUCCGACAAUAAAAAAACUUGUUGCUCAUUUAAAUGAAGUAAGCGAUAAUCAACGCUUUCUUGGGGAGAAUAAAGAAGAACUGAUUAAGAAGUCUGUUAAGACAAUUCUUUUAGUAAAGAAAAUUACUAGAAAAAUUCACCCCCAAUUUGUUCAAAGCUUCUCAGAGUGUAUUGAUUAUAUAUGGAGUUACAAGCAAAUGUUAGCUGAAGUAGAAGUUUUGAGAAAAACGCCUUAUGAUGCAGACAAUUUAGAACAUGAACGAAGACUUGAUGAACUGUGGCAUCUUUUAAUGCCAAAUCAACCUCUUGAAUGUAGAAUUACUAAGCAAUGGCAGGAAAUUGGCUUCCAGGGUGAUGAUCCAAAAACUGAUUUUAGAGGAAUGGGACUGUUGGGUCUGGAAAAUCUACUAUACUUUUCAAGAGAGUACAAUCAACAUGCAAGGCAUGUACUUUCUCAUGCUCAGCAUCCAACAUUUGGUUAUACCUUUGCAAUAGUAGGUAUAAAUCUUACAUCAAUGGCAUUGCAGCUGUGUAGAGAUGGUGAUGCAAGAACAUAUUUUUAUAAUAAAAACGUUCCUAGCAUUGUUCAAUUUCACAAAUUUUAUUGUUACUUGUUUUAUGAAUUUGAUAGGUUUUGGAUUGAGUGCAAACCUAAGAAUAUUAUGGAAUUUUCAUCUAUAAGAGAUAAGUUUGAAUUUAAUAUCAGAAAAGCACUUGAAGACCACUCUGCUGCAUUCAAAUUGAAUGUUACUAUUGACAAUGUUUAAUUAUGAUAAUUGGUAUUAUUAUUUUUCAGGUAUAGUGUGUAAUAGUUUUUUGAGUUUAAGAAAAUAUUUUAUACUUAAAUUUGUAGUUAUACGUUAUCUCCCUCAUACAUACACUAAAAUGUGUAUUAUAUAUUUUUUAUUACAUGUACUGCCUUUUGUUUUAAUUAAUAAGUAAUAUUUCAAUGUUUGUCAAAUAAGUACAAGAAAUAAAACUUACUACUUAAAUA